CAUUCGGAUCAUUGUCAAUCGAUAACUUUCAAGAGAGAUAUUUUCAGUGAAACUUGUUUUCGAUUUUGUUUUGUUUUGAUAUCAACAAAACGUUCUCAAGCUGAAACUGCAAAUAUUUCGAUACAACUUUAGACUGUGUUAGUGUGAUGUGCAUUCGAGAGAGUUCUUUUUCGAUUUUGAAUAUCACUUCAGUCGUGACCAUCAAUCAGUUCAACAUGUCGACAAGUGGUGAAACAUCGGCUGCAUAGGCGAAAAAGAAACGAUAUAAAUAUCAAACAAAAAAGCAACAAGAGGAGGAGGCCGAGGAUGAAAACUUCAAUGACAAUGGCUUAUUAGCGAUAAAAAUGCGCCUCACAACAAUUGUUCGGCCGGAGUACCAUGAUGUUGUCAUACAUUGGAUCGAAAAGAAAAGUGUCAUGUCAACAAAGAUCAGCGUUUUGGCGUCAUUGCUGUUCCUUGACAAAGUGAAGUCCGCGCAAAGCAAUCGCCAAUGGGACUUUUUCACGAAUAAAAUGUAUGUUGUGAAAGGAAAAUUGGUUGAAAAAAAUCGUGCCGAAGAUGUGAUUGAGCGCUGCUUUUAUGCAGUUUUGCAAAAGAACAAAGAAAACGAGGACAUGGAACCACACAUUCGUCAUUUUGUUGAGCAAGGACUGAGCCGAGACAAUCAAUUUGCCUGGCCAAACAACAAUUAUUUCGGUAACAUCAUGAAAUCGUUAUGCCAAAGUUAUACGCGCCAAUUGAAAACGAAUCAAACGACACAUGCAAAGAAGCGGCUGCGAAAUUAUUUGCAAAUGAGAGCUUGGCAGUUUAAUGCAGUGUCAACCGGUUUGAGGUUCGAUAAAAAGGAUGUUGACAAUGCAAUUGAUUGGGCAAUUCGACGCUAUGAUGCCAUUCGAGACACACAUCAGAAUGCACCUCUUAAACGAUACAAAAGAAAGUUGCUGCUUGACAUGGUUCGUGCAAUUGUGGAAGAGGUUGGUGGACUAGCGAAUUAUGACAACAUCAAGCAGUUCUCAAAAGGCAAAUACUGGUUCAAAGCAACUGCAAUGUGGCUUGUCAUGCAAAGCGAAAUCGAUGAGUUUCACAAUUGGGCACAAGACAACAACGUCACAAUACCGAAGAUCAAAAAUCUGUCUGUUGUUCCAUUGCCAGAUUAUCAGCGAAAGGCAGUGUUCAUGUGCAAUGAUGUUUUCUACAGAAUGUUGGCAGAAGAGAAACUCCUUCCAAAAGUCGAAGGUAAACAAGUUACCGAAAAUUUCAUUCGCGAAAACAAAGAACACUUCUGGAACCAAAUAUUCGAUUUUGACAAAAUCAAUCGAAUAUUGAAGAAAAACAAAGAGUUUCAUUUUACUAUUGUCAGCAACGGCGAAUCAGUAUCGGUUAUGUAUAAAUUGUCAAAACAACAUCUUCAACGGUUGCUGGAUGAUGACAUUGUGAGAAAGCGAUACUUAGAUGGAACGUUUGUUUAUGAACUGGGAAUCGAUCCGGGUAUGAAGACAUGGAAUGCGACUGUUCGAAGAACCAUCAGUACUCGCAAAGAAGUCAACUUGAAAACAUCUAGUAAAAAGUACCAUUGGCUCACGAAAUAUAAAAUGCGCGACAAAAAGGCCAAGCGCUGGACGAAGCAGUUCACUUUGGAUGAGCAAAAUGAUCGAAACAAUCGACAGCUGUACCAGCGAAUGCCAUCACCGCUUGGUACACUUUGGACUGAUUACAUUUGCCAUCGGAUAAAAAUGCUCAAGAAAGGAAUGGACGUGUACACUACACCAAAAUAUGCGCGCUUGAAGUUUGACAAGUAUGUUGAGUCCAAUAGUACUAUAGAUAAACUUUGCGGCACUUUGGUUAAUCAUCAAGCAGCUUUGAUUCAUUCACCAAAUUCGCCAAUACGCAUUAAGAAGCAUGUGCGCUGUCCCGGUACACGCAAACUUUUAAAAGGUUUUCGAAAACGUGGCAAUUGUGUCGUGCGCAAAGUCGAUGAGUAUUUCACAUCGCAGACAUGCGCAAAAUGUGGCGGACGAUUCGAUCCAAACACCAAAAGCAACCGUUUCAAAGUUUGUGAAAAUUGUGCACCGGUGCCAAAUUCAAUCAUGGCUAACUUUUUACCAUCGAAAAUCAUGGCACAGCUCAGCAAACGGCGUUUAAAGUAUAACAAAGUUUAUAUUGAAGAGAGUUUGGUGGUAUUUCUGGCUCGAGGGGAAAUGACUGAGCAUGAUUUCGACAUUAUAGCUGAUCGUUUACUGUCUAAGGUGGCCGUGUAUCCAAAAAAAUGGCAAGUAAACGCAGUGAGUGGUGUAUUGGAAUAUGCUGACGUCAAAGUCGAUCAACAACCACAUGCAGUUGAUGAUGAAAAUGCAGCGGAAAUCGAUGGAGAGGUCGCUCAACAACCGUGUACAGUCGAUGAUGAUUGUGUGACGGAAAUCGAUGACAAGCAACAACCAAUGAUUGUGCAUCAGACAACUUGGGAUCGUAAUAUCGUGGCCGCCAAAUGCAUUCUCAUCAAAGGUAUGUAUAUAAGAAAUGGACAUUUGCAUAUUAUAGAUGUGUUAUGUCUGUAUAUAGGACAUUGUAACCUGUUUGGACUGGAUAUCCCGCUAACAUUGCACAGACCACGUCGACAACAAGCAGUUCAAAAUAAUCAACAGCCUUAAGCAUAACCAAUCACCAUUUUAACUCGAAAAUUAAUUAAAAAUUAAUAUUGUAAUUUUGUUACACUAACUGAGACUGACUGUUGUGUCUCAGCAUUUCGAGGAAGUACUACCAAGGCUCUGUAUCAAAUAUUUUGAUAAUCUUAAAACAUGUUUUGCAUCACAGACGUCAUUUCCGUAUCAAAUGGAACGUAGAUUACAUGAAUCGUUUCCAAUUUCAAUGGAAUAUUUCCAUUUUUCAUUUUUUUAUUUUGGAGAGAGUAAUGUUAACACGAGCCAAUACAACUUUAAUGUCUGUAUUUCAAAUUUCAUGAUUCAUUUAUCGCUUAAAUAAAAAUAAAUAAUUUAUUUAAUUUAAUUUUAAUUUCAGGAAAAGAAAAUAU